ACAGGAUCGAGGACAAAAACAAUCGGCAUCUCGCCGUCCUCAGUAAAACAUAAACAAGAAGACUCAAACGAAUCAGUGUAUCCUUUUUAACCGGCACGGACAGCACCGAGGGAGAAAUGGUUUCUCCAGUAACAGUGGUCAAGAGUGAAGGCCCUAAAUUGGUGCCAUUCUUCAAAGCAACCUGUGUAUACUUUGUCCUGUGGCUGCCCACCUCAAGCCCAUCUUGGUUCAGCGCCCUGAUCAAAUGCCUGCCCAUCUUCUGCCUUUGGGUCUUUUUGCUGGCUCAUGGCUUCACCUUUCUCUGUGCUCACUCCAGUGCCCGCAAGAUCUUGGCUGGCCUCAUAUUUUCUGCUCUGGGUGAUGCCUUUCUCAUCUGGCAGGAGCAGGGCUACUUUGUCCAUGGCCUUCUGAUGUUUGCCAUCACCCAUAUACUCUACUCUUCUGCUUUUGGGAUGAAGCCUAUUAAUGUGCGUGCUGGGCUGGUGAUCACUGCUGUAUCCUUUCUGUGCUAUAUCCUGCUGUACCCCUACCUCUCUGGCCCCUUCACCUACUUGGUGGCCGUCUACAUCGCCCUAAUUGGUUUCAUGGGCUGGAGGGCGAUCGCAGGUUUGCAGCUGGCGAAUGACCUGUGGACCUGGACCAAGUUGUCUGCCUGCCUGGGUGCCGUGCUCUUCAUGGUCUCUGACCUCACCAUUGCAGUCAACAAGUUCUGCUUCCCUGUGCCCCAUUCGCGAGCCAUCAUCAUGGCCACCUACUACGCCGCCCAGAUGCUCAUAGCACUGUCAGCUGUUGAGUGCCAGGACGUGGAGGUGGCCAGGAAGAGAACAUGAGUUCCAGCAGUCUUCAAACCAUGUGAUUAUGGACACAUCUCACUGCCAGGUUCCCAGCCCCCAGCCUUCAUCUCAGUGUGGUGCUCAUACACCGCUGGGCCACUUCAGCCUUUACAUCACCCUUCUGUCCCAUUAGCGUUGUAAACUCACAUGUGUCCUCUAACCAAGAAGAUACAGUAGUAUUAUCUUCAGCCUCACCCAACAACAGUCCUACCUGCCUCCUCUGAAGAUAGCAUGGCUUUCAACCUAGUUACAAAGGUGAUAAGUGCAGUAAUAUUAACCUGCUAUGUAGAGAGUAUUACUUACUUUUAACUGGCUAAUGGGAGCAUGUCACUGGGCACCUUCAAGGCGUGUGUAUGGGAGAGUAAUGGGGUCUGUGUGCGUUGAUGUGUUUGAUUUUUACCUCGCUUGGCACACAGUCCUUUCACACACCUCACACUCCCAGCACAGACGUAUGCUUUAUGUUGUCCAGCAUUACAAUUUAACAUUUAGUUUGUUAUUUGUUAUGUUAAAAAGGGAGUUUUUUUAAUACCGAUGUAUACAUAUUUUUUCCAUUCUCUGUUGCUCUGUGUUCCCCUUAAUUAAGGGUGCUAUUCUAAAAGCUUAGUCCGGACCAGACCUGUUUUCGUUAUCUGCAAUCCCUAUGAUAUUAUUUAUAACAAUCCUGCCCCUCUACACUCUCAUAAGUCAUUAUCAACAUAUUUUUUAAAGUAUUUUUUCUUCUAUGAUGUCCUCGAAUAACUAGAUGCACAGA